AUGGCGCAACGCAUCACCCCCGAAGGCGUUCAAGCCGUCGCAGUCGGAGCCGCCUUGUUCGGCGUUCUGAGCUGGCAAGUCAUGCGGCAAGGCCAUAUCGAUAUCGAUAUAGGUAAAGAGAAGACACCUGAGCGUGUUGACACCAGCAGCUCCUCAGUCGACGUGGCAGUGACAACUGCUCCUCCUGCUCCUCGUGUAUUGUCCACGAGGCUGCUCUCAACGAUUGGCACAGGCCUGAUUAGCACGCCUCCGUCCGCGACGCCCUUGACAACAUUCUACUGGGCCACCCACGACGAGAACUACCGCAUCAUCGACUACCAAGAAGUCGUUGGCUGGAGAGUGGGCAAUCUCAAGGGCGACCUGCCCAGCAGCUCUUACAGCACCGCGGUGGUUGGCGAUGCCAGCCCCAAUGCCGCACACACCCCGGCCUUCGAAACGGCCAGUACAAGGGGCAACGAGUCCAAUGCUUCCUCCUCCGCCUUUGCCACAUUUAUGGCAUCAAAAUGGCAAGACUUGGUCGUUUCCCAUCUCGAGGAUGGCUCCGCCGAACAACUGGGCAUAUGGCUCGUCAACCAGACCCGAACCCAACUCGCCAAGACUCUUGGGUUCGUGGUCAGAAGCAUCCUCAAGCUCACGGAUGUCAUGGGUCUGUUUGCGUUUCUGGUUGUCGCCCUCGUCGGUCGGUACUCGUGGUUCUUGUGCAAGGAGCUACCCUCCCUCUCCCGCAGAUACGCCUCUGUGCUCGCAUACCUUGUGCAGUCGUUGGUCAACGGCCUGCUGGCGCGAGGCGCCGAGUCACUCCAUGGCCUGACCGUUGCAUGGGAAGAGGCCAGAGGGAAGUACCAGCUGCGCAAGCUCGAACUGGAAAACGCGAUCCGUGAAGCCAAGUUACGGGCCCGAAUGCUCGAUGAGCAGAUCUCCAAGCUCCCACGGCCGGUGGCCCCAGUGGAUCAGAGCACCCAGACCGACGCCCUGCCCGCCCCUGCUCCUGCUCCUGCUACUGUCCUUGCUCCCGGCCCUGCCCUGAAAUCGCCCAAGAAGCAGCCCCGCAAGCUGCCCAGAGAGUCUCCGUUCUUUUCCGGGCCCAAUCUUCCAACAGGGAUGGACCUGGACCUUCCUCUGUCGUCUCCGGCCAAGCCUCAACCGAAAUCUCGAGCCCCAACAAAGUCAAUCAAUGAGGUUGAUUGCGAGUCCUCCGAUGAGGAGGAACUCGCGCGGUUUCGGGAGAAAACCCGGUUUGCGUCACCUGUCACCAGACCAUCCAGAAGACGGCGGACUAGCGAGCAACAGAAGGCUCUCGAUGAGUGGCGAGCCGAGCGAGCCCAGCGAGCCCAGAUGAAGGCCAAUGCCCGUCUCAGUUCACUCGACCCUGGGAUGUUUCCGACCUUGGACAAGGCCGCUGCAAGCGAUGAAGACGUCGUCGCUUCGGAUGAGCAAACUCAGCCGACCAUGCAGCAGGCAGAGUCCACAAGUCAGGAAGCCCAUCCCGCAGCCGUAGAUGACGUUGUCGUCGGACAGAUUGCUGCGCUAGAGGCGAUGCCUCAACAGAAGGCGCAGUCGAGUCCUCCCGCAAUGCCCGGCGCCUGGGACGCUGACGAGGAGCCUGAAAAGGCCCCUUCUGAAGCCGACGAGGCACCAUCUUCGGCUGAGACGCCGGAGGUGGCUGCUGAGUCUGAGAUCCCGGCUGGCGUAGAGGACUUUCGUCCUCCCACAACCCCGCCUCCUCAAUCGCAGCAAGACAAGACGGUCGAGGAGGAGGAGAAAGACGCCGACGACAACGACGGCAAGGACAACGACGAUGACGACGAUAGCGACGACGAUGACGACACGAAGCCCAGUUCGGAGGGCUCGUUGUCUGCCGCGGCACUUUCUCCUGCACCUAAUGCAGAGCCUCCGUCAGAUGCAGCUUUGCCAGCCGCCAAUGUGAGCCUCUCUGGCGUGGGCCAAGAGGCUCCCAGAGCUGCAGGAUCGACACCACGGGGGAUCUUGCGAAGUGGAAAUAGUACUCGCCAGGUCUCGGCGCGUGUUCGCUUCGCUGAGGAGACAAACACAUACCAUUUCCCGGGAGAUCGGUGCCCUAUGGAGGCGGAGGACUCUGUGGAUGUCGUCGUGAGCAUGCCGACGCCGGUGCCAACGCUGCCGGAACCCGAGGCCCCUCAGGCGCCUCAAAUGCCUGAGGUUGUCGAGGGCGAAAGUGAGCGGGCGCAAGUUGACCAGCAGCCGACCCCCUGGCAACAAACAUUAGUCCGUCCAACCGAGCUAGAGGAGGCGGUGCGGACUAGGGGGGCGACGGUCAAUAGGGGACGUCGUCAGAUCAGGCCUAUACGCCGGAGACUUCCUCGAAGAGAGCCAGGGCAGGGCUCCAGCAGCUCAGUGUUUUCCCAUUGCCUGUCAACCGCUGCUGCCACUCAGCCAGAGUCUGAGCCGGUUCAACCAAGCCAGCAGCCCGAUGGGCUCUUCCCUGGUCUUGUGAACAGCGAAGCCUCGACAAGCGCUGCUGGGAUCAGCACGACGCCGGAAGUGGAUAUGGAGGAAGGCGGAGAAGAGCCGCCCGCUGUCGAUGACAGCUUCGAUCCCCCAUCUGAAACCAUGGACGUCGAUUGGGAGGAACCGCCGAGUGAGACAAACGCAAUGGAGGUUGAUGCGGACAUCCCUGCCGCAGAGACAAAUGCGAACAACGCCGAUGGCGAGGUGCAGACCACCACUGCACCAGUUCAGCUACCUCCCGGGGCCUAUGUCGGAGAAGACGGAGUCAUUGAGCUCGGCAUGUACACUGGAGAGGGUGAGAGAGACCCAGCAGUGAUUGCCUACAGAGAGCACCUUGAUUCCGAGAGCGAGUCUUGCUCCGACAGCUCCGAAGACUCGGCGGAUUUCGAACAACUGAAUGGCAACCUGGACAUUGACGAGGACGGCUACUAUCGGAGCAGCGCCGAUAGCGAUCUUGACGGCGAUGCCGUCGGUGAAUCAGAGAGUGAGGAGUCAGCUUCUGACGAGGAGUCAGAGGCUGAAGACUCCGACCUUUAUGGUUCGCCGCCCGGGAGCCCGACUUUCACCAGGAAUAGGCUCUCGGAUGAAGAUCUGGCGCUGGCUCAACGAUAUUGGCCCGAGCUCCUGGAGAAACAGGGGGAAUCGGAGGAGGAGGAUGAGGAGGAGGAUGCGGAGGAGGAUGAGGGGGAGGACGAGGAGGAGGAUGGGAGGGAGGGCCCAGGAGGCGGCAGCGGAGGACAGGGCGGAGGAGACAACAACCGGGACGGAGAUGCCGGACACGGUGGCGGAACGGAUGGAAACGGCGAUGCCGUAAAAGAGCCGAACAGCAACCAGGAGACCGACAGCAGGCACAACCUCGAGAACGCCAGCCAAAACCCAAGCCCAAGCCAACCUCAGUCUCGACAAGAACAGCCACCCAGCUGGAGACAGGUGAUGGAUGCAAUUGAGGGCCUUCCACCGGUCUGCUGGGUCGAGCCUUCGAAAGUCGAAAUGGUGAUUGAAAAUGGUCAGAUUGUGAUCAAUGGGGGUUGGGUUGCCGACAACCCUGGAUUCACCUUCAGCACAACGGGGAAGAACUUCAUCCGAUGCAAUGAGAAGUUCCGCGUGCAGCACGGCUGGAGACUCAUCAGGAACUGUGAAGAGUGGAAGGCUGGCAAGUCGCAUUGGGGGCCCUGA